CCCUCCCCGCCGCUGCCUGCGGGAGUGGGAAUAAAGACAGAUAGCGGGGCAGGCACCGGCCGGGCGGGCGGGACGGAGCGCGCACAAAGUUUCCUGCGGAACCCGCGGGCGGCGGCAACGAUGCCCGUGCUGCGCGGAGCGCUGGGGCUGCGCGGGCGCCGCCGGCCUUAGGGGAGCGAGAGCGGCGCGGGGCGCGGCAGCGAGCCCCCGGCCCGUCCUCUCCUCCGGGCGGCCAGGAGGAAGCGCCCCGGGUAGGGACGGGAGAGCGGCACUGCCGGAGCGCGGGGAGGGGGACCGGCACCGCGGGGCCAGCCGCGCCGGCGGAGCCGGAGGGAAAGAUGAGCUUGUUGUCAACCAUCGACACCAGCGCCGCGCCCGUGUACCAGCCCGCCCAGCUCCUCAACUGGGUCUAUCUCUCGCUGCAAGACACGCACCAGGCCAGCGCCUUCGAUGCCUUCAGACCCGAGCCCUCCUCGUCCCAGCACCCCGACCUCGGCUACACCAAGAGCACCCCGGAGCUGGGCUCCUCACUCAGCUCCAGCUAUCUCAACAGCUUCUUUCAGCUCCAGCGGAGCGAGGCUCUGAGCAGCAGUCUCUACAAGAGUGCAUCACCUUAUGGCUCCCUUAACAACAUUGUGGAUGGGUUAAGCUCCCUAACCGAGCAUUUCUCUGACCUAUCCCUUUCUUCAGAAGCCAGAAAACCCAGCAAGAGGCCACCUCCUAACUACCUGUGCCACCUCUGCUUUAACAAGGGACACUACAUCAAAGACUGCCCCCAGGCUCGUCCAAAAGGAGAAGGCCUGACACCAUACCAGGGCAAGAAACGCUGCUUUGGUGAAUAUAAGUGCCCCAAAUGCAAGAGAAAAUGGAUGAGUGGAAACUCCUGGGCUAACAUGGGACAAGAAUGUAUCAAGUGCCACAUUAAUGUUUAUCCUCACAAACAGAGACCCCUGGAAAAGCCAGACGGCCUGGAUGUGUCAGACCAGAGCAAAGAACACCCUCAGCAUCUGUGUGAGAAGUGCAAAGUCUUGGGCUACUACUGCCGCCGUGUGCAAUAAACCUUCAACGUGGCCUCUUCCCGUCCCCAUCAUCCUGAGAGAUUCUCUGGCAGCAUGCCAUCAACAGCAGCACAACAGACCAAGAUUAAAGCUAAAAUAAUUGCCAAUAUUGCCUAUCUAAUAAUAUGCCUUACCAUUAAUAGAAUGUAACAUUUCUCGUGUGCAUGUGCAUGCAUGCAAUAGGUAUUUACAGGACUAUGAUUUGUAUACAUAUAUAUGUAAAUUUAUAUAUGUACACACAUAAGGUGUUACUGAUGAUGUUCACGACAGAACUACAGUUACAGGUUCUGCUGAUUGUUUACAGAGACCCUAUAUCACAGCCAGGUGAAAUGAAGUACUUUUCAAAAGGCAAGGAAUAAUAUUCACAAGGAAUAUUUGUUACGUGUAUGGCUUUUGCAGAGGUUCAGUAACUGUGGGGCCACUAAUUGUAAGCACUCACCCACAACACAAACACUGUUAUUAUUAUAUGACAAGACAAAGGAAGAUGAAACAAGCCACAGCAUAAAAGGGGAAUUACUGCUUUCCCAGUUUUAGAAAGUCUUAAGAGUUUUGUGCUGCUGAUUUCUUGGACUUUUUUCUAUUUGUUACCAUCUCUUGGGCAGGGCUUAGGCAAAAUAAUUUUUGCAGGACAUAGAAAAAAAAGUGAAUAAUUGUUUGAGGGGUGCAGGUUGGGUAGGAAGGGAAUGCCAUAAGAUUCCAAGAGGUUUUUGGAGGAGACAAAAUUGGCUUGCUUAUGCAACUACCAGAUCCUUCUCUUGUCAUAUAAUCCCACUGACAUGGCCCCUUCUACGUGCAUGACGUGUUCUUAGGCUUACAAGCACGCUAAAUUUACUAUGAAUAAGGAGAUAAGAAUACUUUAAACUGACCCCAAUAUCCUUAACUAAAAGAUUAGCCAAACUUACUAUUUAUAGUAGUUUAAAAGCCACUUUCUGGAAAUAUUUUUAUGUCCUGUUUUCUACUAUAGAAAUUUGUUAUAAUAUGAAGCAUGUUAGCCUUAGGGGUGUUUUAAGGCAUGGAGAACAUUCUAUAUAACCCUCUUUCUUUAUGUCUUCCUGAAGAAGGCCUACAUACCUGGGGAGAAAUUUAGGAAUUAUAUUUCAUUGUCCCAUUUCAGGUAGAACUUUGCACAGGGACAGCCUGCUGCAAAGAACAUCUUGUCAGGGAUUGGCAAAUAUAAACUGAAAGUACCUCGAGACAGUAUCCUGAUUGUAUGUCUACAGUAGUGAGAGUCCAUUGGCAAAAGGACACAACAAGCAAUUAAUUUGUAGCAUUCACUAAAAAAAUAGAGGAAUAAUGUAUGAAGUUGGGAGGGGUUUAACAUCAGCAACUUACAUUUUUAUGAAGUUUCCUUUAGGGAGAUUGAUUUGUGUGAAUGAUACUUAGAAAAACACUUUAAAUCCUAAAUAACUUGAUGUGAACUAAAUGUGUUCCGAGGACUAGCUCUGUAAUGUAAAGACAUUGGGGGUUUAUGCCAAGUGAUAGCAGGAUGUUACCAGUAUGUCAAGACAAGCUCUUAUAAAGAAAGUAGAGAACUUAUCUUGAGUAUUCAUCUAGGGAACAUGAAGCUCCUGACAAAUCUGCUGCAGCAUCAAACUCUUCCCAUUUCCCUGCUUUGCUAUAAGCAGGGCAAAAUUGCAUCUGCUUGUUUGGUGGGAGUGGCAGGUACGUAUCUUGCAAACUCCAUUAUUUAUGGGCAGCCCGAGUGACCCAGCCUGCUGCUCACAGCAAUGGAUGAGCAUCCUGACUCCUGGCUUCUGACCACAGCUCUCCCAUAGCUCCCUGAUUUUGGGCAAGUCACAAGAUCCUUCUGGACCUCAGUUUCCCCAACUGCAAAAAGGGGGUAAUAAUACUCUAGCAUACCUACCUCACAGGAGAGUUGUGAGGUUUACUUAAUAUCUCUUAAGUGUUUUGGCAUCACUGGAUGAAAAGUGCUAUGUAAUGCUAAAAUAGAAUUAACUAAAUUAAUCGCUUGGAAACUACUUUUGCCCAGUUAGCAACUCCAACUAAAAUAGCUGAAAAUAAUAUUAUUGAAAGUAACACUAAUAAACAGUUCAGUUGCCUCAGUGAAGAUAUGCAGUUUUAGCAUUUUCAAAUGUAAACACAUUCUUUUGCACAGAUUCACAAAUUAACUUAGAGACAAAUUCUCUCAACAAAGAUAUUAAUCUGUCUAUACAAAUAAGAAAAUACACAAGCAAAUCUAGGGGUGGAUUUUCUAAGCUUGACCUCUAGGAUUAAUCUCAAUAGUUUGUUUCAAGCAUGAGUAAUUUUGAAAGAGCAGCAUUUUAAGCCAGAUCUAUUUUUUCCUCUUGAGCACUCAAUAGUACAGGAACAAAAAAAAUCACCUAGAUGGUUCACAUCUAGCUAAACAACAUCUAGAAAAACCCCCUUAGAUGAAGAUAGGGGAAAACGUUAUUUUAUUUUCUCCUGAAACUAUGAUGUUGCUAUCAAACGUUUUGUUCAGUACUGAAAUUAUGUUAUGAUAACCACUAAAACCAGUAAAAUAGCACAACUCCUGAUAUAGCUGUAUCACUAGAUCACACACCAGCAGGUUCUGACAAAAAGCUGACUAAAAGACACCAUUAUAGGCAUUGGUAUUUUCAUGACAGUGCCCUAUUAAGAAUUGUUUAUCCAUAUUCAACACUGCAAGGCAAUGCCUUUAGCUUAUGGAUUUUUAGAUUGUACUAAAAAUACAUGUGAUCUACUUUAACACAACGCCUAUAGGUGUAGCAUAAUUCUUGAGAGCAUACUUAUGAGAGUUCAGUAUUUAUAUUAUUGAUGUGUUCCUAGGCAGAAGACAUAUAAAGUAUUUCAGUGAUACUUAGCAUAUCUGUAACAAGGGGAGAGCAGAUUUCCCCCUGCCCUGGCGCUGGGGGAAAGCAGAUGAAGAGCACAAGGUGUGGCAAAGCACGGAGUGACACUGCCGUGGUUUUAGGCGUAAGGCGAGGCACAGAUCCGGCGGUGCGGUGGCAGCGGGCACCGCUCCCUGCGCGGGCUGGACCCGGCUCCCUGCAGCCGGCCCGGGCAGGGCAGGAGGGCCGAGCUCGGACUCCUCGUCCCCCCCUGCAUGGCCUGGCUGCUGGCAUCGCAGCUCGGGGCCCGAGCAUUCGCUCCACACUGAGCCUGUGCAGUGCGAGUGGCUGGAAAAACACAUCCACAUAAUUGUGUCUAACAGCUUAUGAACAUUGGGUUUUAUUUAGUGGCACAGAAGGGACAUUUCUGAAUUUUCAUUUCAAAGGAAAGAAAGGAUGAUUGAUUACGAAAUAUAGAUUACUUCUACUCCCUCCCUCCCCACACAAAGGGAAUUCACCCAUAGGUGUAACCAGCUCCUUCCAAAUCAGAAAAAAAAAAAAAAAGGUAAAGGCGCAGAUUUUUGAUGGGGAAAAUGAGGAAUUGAUUUAUCUUUAAAAUUUUAGUGACUGCUUUCUGAUGUUCUCUAACUAGCUCUACAUUGAGAGCAUCAGCUAGCAAUUGUUGAAGGCAUUAGUAGACAGUAUUGGCAGGAGUGAAGAGAGCAUCAAUAAAAAGAGUUUUAAAUCAAUACAGGCCUCCCUAAACUGAAUAUUCUUUAGAGGUGUACCUGAGAGCAGUUUGGCUCUGUGCAUUUAUUUGGCAAACUGGAUUUUCAACCUCAGAUGCUUGCUGUUGACAGCCCACCAAUAUAUUGUCCUUUUUUUUUUAAUUUUCACCUUUUUUGAGGUUUUUUUUUUAACUUCUAUUUAUUUAUUUAAAACCAGCAACAAAAACCAAUCAAACAAAUAAACACCCUACAAUUUGUUUCAUGAGUUGGUCAUAACAUUUCAUAUCGAAUUUGGCAUUGGCACACCUCUGGAAAAAUGUUUGAGGAAUUUGAAAUGUGUGUCAUAGGUUUUUAGCUGCUUUAACCUAAUGAGGCUACAAUGAAGUUAUUACAAAUACUUCAUUAAAGGUGAUGAAGAAAUAUCCUAGUAGUUUAAAGGAUGGUCCACAUUUUAGCCAGUUCCUACUGCUGCUACAACAGAUGUAAAAUGAUGCCACACAAGCAAAGUUUGAGGCAUUUUUGUCUCAAAGUUGCUAUUUAAUUUCAGAUAAAUACACAAGAGUAUAUAUUCUUUCUGGAAAUAGGUGUAUUUUGAAGUUCCCCAUUAUAUGGGACUUAGUUUUUAAACUAAAAAUGUGAAGUUACAUAUGUCUGAAAGAAGCCUUAUACCUAGAAGUAUUAUCUACAUUUUACCUUUUUAUAUAACAUGAAAUUUAGAUUAUACAUGGAUUGUAUACCUGUGACACUCUAGCAUUUUUUAAAAAACCCAAAACCUACUUAAAACAUUAAAAGUAUAGAGCUUUUGGAAAUGUCAGACUCCAUAGACUAGGGGUCUUUGUCCUGCAGUCACAUAGAAGAUUUUUUUUGUCCUAUUCUGGAUCCUAAGAGUUGUCCACUGAACAGUAAGCAAUAAAUCAUCAACAUGUGUUUUUCAAGUUAAGUAGAUAGACAUAUAUUUUCCACUUGCCUUUGCCAACAUAUUUUAAAAUGUGAUUGAACUAUCCCCAUAGAAAAAUCAUUCUUUCAGAUAUCACUCCACUCCCAAGUGGGCUUCCACCCAUAUCUCUUUCUUAUCUGCAAAACCAGUGCUGUCCAUUGAGGUUGCUAUAUCGCUCAAGUGCUCAGAGGUCUGUUUGAGAUCUUAGAUAUAGGGAUGAUGGAUUGUGUUUCUAGGAUGAAUUUCAAAGGGACAAUCGUGUGCAGUUACUAGCUAGAAAUGAUUGAUAUAAAUGUUUACCCCUGUAUGAAGUAUUUUACAGUUUUACUUGCAGAUGUGUAUUUAUCUUGAGUUAUACUUGACAUAGAGUUUCUUUCAAUUUUUUUUAAUACUAUGUGUGUAUUUUGGAAACCUUUUUAGAUGUUAAAAUUUUUGAAUGGUUACAAAUAUUUCUUAUAAUACUGAAUUGUUAUCUGGAAACUCUUUGCAGUAACUUUUUUGUAUAUAUUUGAGGGCCUUUUUAAAAAAGUAUUGUUUGUUUUUUGGGCAAAGUUUUUACAAUUGGGAAGCUUUCAGAAGGGCCUUCCUCUCAACUAGGAUACUAACAGAGGUAAGAGUUUUCUUAAGUAUUUUGCAGUAUUUUGCAGAACUAAGGAUGUAUCCUCAAGAAAAUAUUUAUGGAAAUAAUUUAUUUUUUUUUUACAAUGCUUUUGUCUGUAUAAAGUAUGCAACAGAACUACAUUAAGAAGGAAAUAUUGUCUACAUAAAAUAUUAUAUGAAAGUUGGUACAUAAUUCUGACAAAAAACCUUGCAAUUCUUUAAGCCAUAUUGUUUUUGUUAUCCUUGGAUGAAAAUAUCAGUAUUAAGUAACCAGUGUAUUAUUCAAGUGCUUAGACUUAUAUGAAAAUGCUUAUACGGUUUAUUUAUGUGUAUUUGGGGAACGAGUGCUAGAAAAGCUAUCACUAGACAUGUAGCAAGUGAGGAGCAAAUAUCAGUAUACUGUCACUUUAUGGCCUUGUGAGAGACACACCGGUGUUGAAAGCACCAUGGAGACUCAGCUUUCAGAAACUCCGAAGCACAAGAGGUGGGUUUCAAAUGGUGGCUCUUUCCUUCCCCAUAACUAGAGGGGAAGAAAGUUGGUUGGGACACUGUUUAACUUGACUUUCACAACUCUUUGCAGACUGUGAGCUCAGCUAUGCAGUAUCAUCUACAGCAAUAAUAUCAAUCAAAGGAUGUAAGAGAAAAGGAUUGAAGUAGAUUAUUGUAGGGGUUUACAUUUAUUUUAAUUAGAACUCAUAGCAAUAUAGAAUAUGCAUGUGCACGUAUUCGAAGCAUUUUACACUUUACAUUUCAUGUAGUUUGAUUAUAUUAUGAAGGAUUGAGUUUUUAGUUUGAUAUUUUACAAUGCUAAAAUGGGAGGUCUGCCCAGCCCUAUACUGGAUUCUUGUUUCCUUUAAAAGGUUAUUUAGUACAGCACUCACUGCAUUGUGUAAUAGUGCUAAAACUAACACUAUUUUAUUAAUUUCUUCAGCUUUAAAAAAAAUUAACCUAAUGAUUAUUUGUUUAACUGUACCCACUGACCUUGUCAGAUUCAGUUGGCAAAUUGUGUAAUUUCUUUUUCUGUAACUGUUAAUAAACUUGUACAGCUAAAACAAACAAAACCUAUGGACAAAGGCCUCAGAGGUACCAGUUCUGUUUCAGCAAUCAAGAUGACAGCUUGAUCAUCUGGUGACUGUGUUGCUACCAAGACUGUAAAACCUCUGUUGUGGAUUGUCCAUAAAAUGGCAUUCCGACAUGUGCCUUAUUUGCUGGAUAGUAUACAGCUUUCCUCUAGUAUUCUAGCAUUUUAAUGCUGUAUUAAAGUAUUGCAAAAAAACCA